GUUGUUCUUUCUCAAUGGGAUUUAUUCAAACCCAUUUUCUCUCUCCUUCUCUUUUGUUUCUCUCUCUUCUUUUGAUCAUCUUCUUUACAGGCGUUUCUGGAGCUCGAUUUACACUUAUAAACAGAUGCGAUUACACUGUUUGGCCGGGAAUUCUCGGCAACACACAAUUGGAAUUUACUGGAUUCGAGCUUUCUCCGGGGGCGGCGCGUUCACUCCACGCGCCUCCAGGGUGGUCCGGCAGAUUCUGGGGUCGGACCGGCUGUUUGUUCGACCCAGCCACCAGUCAGGGAAGCUGCCGUACUGCUGACUGUGGAUCAAAUCAAAUGGAAUGCAAUGGCGCCGGAGCAACGCCGCCGGCUACUCUGGCUGAGUUCACAAUCGGCGCUAGUGCCGGCGCGCAGGACUUUUAUGACGUCAGCUUGGUUGACGGCUACAACAUUCCGAUGGUCAUUGAGGCCACCGACGGUAACGGCGUGUGUCAGUUGACUGGGUGUGCGGCGGAUUUGAACCGGCGUUGCCCUGUGGAGCUGCGUGCCGGCGAUGGGAAGGCGUGCAAGAGUGCGUGUGAGGCGUUUGGGAACCCGGAAUAUUGCUGUAGCGGCGCGUAUAAUUCACCCGCCGCCUGUAAGCCGUCGGUGUACUCGGAAAUUUUCAAAUCAGCUUGCCCCAAAUCAUAUAGCUAUGCCUUUGAUGAUGCAACAAGCACUUUUACUUGCAGUGGUGCUGACUACACCAUUACAUUCUGCCCUUCCUCAACCAGCCAAAAACCAGAAAGAGACGCAUCAAGUAGAGAAGGGCCAUCGGUAUUCAACGGUUCAUGGCUGCCGGACUUCAUCACCGGCGGCGGAUCAUCAAAAACAAUGGUUUUUAUGUCUUCAACUUUGAAUUCAACGUUGUUUCUUCUUCUUCUUUUCAUUAGAUUUGUUUAAUUUUGCUGAGAUUAUCCAAAUUUAGUUCUUAAAUUCUUA